UGAAUUAGAAUGGAAUGUAAGGUAACAAAAAAUUAGUGUGUUAGUGAACGAAUUUUAAUACUAAACAAACACCACAAAUGAAUAGAAACUAAAUAAUGAGGGAACUAUUUUCCAAUUAUUUGUACAUAUAUUAAUCAUUUCCUCAAUGUUGUAUAAAUUGAAGUGUGUUCAUAGUUAGCAAGCAUCAUUCCUCUUCCACCCACAGCUGACACAACCACCGCAGCACCACCGUCAACAGCCAUGGAAGAAGCAAAGCAGAGAGAAGAACAACAAGAAUUUGAAUCUUCAACUCCCCACGUUGUAAUGAUGGUAAGUCCCGGAAUGGGUCAUCUAAUCCCACUCGUCGAAUUCGCCAAACGCCUCGUCCUCCUCCACCGUUUCACCGUCACUUUUGUCAUCCCUUCCGGCGGUCCUCCUCCCAAAGCCCAAAUCUCUCUUCUCAGUUCCCUUCCCUCCGCCAUCGACCACGUUUUCCUCCCGCCGGUCUCAUUAAACGACCUCCCACCCCAAACCAAAGGCGAGACCAUCAUCGUCCUCACCGUUACUCGCUCUCUUCCCUCUCUUCGCGAUCAAUUCAAAUCCAUGCUUACUCAACGCAACCCCGUCGCCUUUGUUGUCGACCAAUUCUGUACCAUUGCCAUCGAUCUCGCCAGAGAAUUCAACGUCCCGCCAUACGUUUACUUACCCUGUUCCGCCACCACUCUCUCGCUCGUCCUCCACAUGCCCGAACUAGACAAAUCCGUCGUCGGCGAGUAUACAGACCUCACUGAGCCGAUCAAACUUCCAGCAUGCAGCCCAUUUCCGGCGAAGGCAUUGCCGGAUCCGUUUCUUGACAGGAAAGAUGAUUCGUAUAAGUAUUUUCUCGAAAGCAUGAGCAGGUUUGGGUUAGCAGACGGGAUUUUUGUCAACAGCUUCCCGGAAUUGGAACCCGAUCCCAUUAAUGCUCUGAAAUUAGAAGAAUCUGGGUAUCCCCCAAUUUACCCAGUUGGUCCCAUCGUGAAAAUGGAUUCGAGUGGGAGUGAAGAAGAGAUUGAAUGUUUAAAAUGGCUUGAUGAACAACCACAUGGGUCUGUUCUGUUCGUGUCAUUUGGAAGUGGGGGUACACUGUCGAGUAUUCAAAACAACGAACUCGCGAUGGGAUUGGAAAUGAGUGGCCAAAAAUUCAUAUGGGUUGUUAGAAGUCCACAUGAUAAAGAAGCAAACGCAUCGUUUUUCAGCGUCCAUAGCCAGAAUGAUCCGCUAAAGUUCUUGCCGGAGGGGUUCGUCGAGAGAAACAAGGGAAGGGGAUUAUUACUGCCGUCUUGGGCUCCACAAGCUCAGAUACUCAGCCAUGGUUCCACCGGGGGGUUUCUGAGCCACUGUGGUUGGAAUUCGACAUUGGAGAGUUUGGUUAACGGAGUUCCUAUGAUUGCGUGGCCGCUUUAUGCAGAGCAGAGAUUAAACGCCGUAAUAUUAAUAGAGGAGAUUAAGGUGGCAUUGAAGGUGAAGAUGAACGAGGAAAGUGGGAUUAUUGAGAAGGAAGAGAUUGCGAAAGUGGUGAAGUCUCUGUUCGAAAGCGAAGAAGGGAAGAAAGUGAGGGAGAAAAUGGAGGAACUGAGAGUUGCAGGGGAAAGGGUUGUUGGAGAAGGAGGAUCUUCUUCAAGAACUGUCUUGGAAGUUGUUCAAAAAUGGAGGAACAGAAAUUGAAGAAAGAAUUAUUAUUGUAUUUUGAGAUUUAUAUAAGUACUUUUUUAAAAAUCAUUACCUUUUAAGUUCAUAAUGUUGUAAUGUACUUUGUCAUGCUUGGGUUGUGAUGUUUCUUUCUCAAUGAGUGAUGUAUGGAACUAUCCAAAAUAUCAACUUUACUACUAAUAAUGCUGAUGAUUAUUACAACCUUUUACUAGAA